AUGCCCUCCACUGUAGUGUUUUCUUUGCUCGCUUUCAUACUGGGAGUCUCUGCAAUCAACUGGGUCCCCCCGUUCACCAACGUCACCAUCUUCUCGCCACCAUCUACCUACACCGCCCCUCAAACGUCCUACGCACGCACCGUUGUCAUUCCAAGUGAUGGCAAAGACACCAACGUGCUCCUCGCGACAUGGCAGAACCAUUCUCCUGAACCUCCGAAAGUCUACUUCCAUAUCUAUCGCUCGACCGACCUUGGACAAAGCUGGGAACCGUUUUCGAAUGUCACCGAUACGGAGAAUAAUUGGGGACUGCGUGCCCAGCCGUUUCUGUAUAGGAUGACCGAGAGAAUCGGAAAGUUUCCCGCUGGGACAAUACUAUGUGCUGGGAAUUCGAUACCCGCUAAUGGGAGUCAUACGCAAAUCGAUCUCUACGCGUCAAUGGAUAAGGGAAGAAGCUGGGAGUUUGUCAGCCAUGUUGCGUCAGGCGGUGCUGCUAUCCCGAAUAACGGAGAAACUCCGGUAUGGGAGCCGUCCAUCAUGACCGUCGACCACCGGAUUGUGGUUUUUUACUCAGAUCAACGCGAUCCUGCCUAUGGACAAAAACUCGCUCACCAAUCGUCCUCAGACUUGAUUACCUGGGGCCCCGUUGUCAAUGAUGUCGCAAAACCAACAUAUAGCGACCGGCCAGGGAUGACCAUUAUCGCCGCCCUGCCGAAUGGACAGUAUAUCUUGACGUAUGAAUAUGGCGGUGCGCCUGAAGCAGAUUUUGCAGUCUACUACCGCCUGUCGAAAUCUCCGCUGACGUUCAACUCACCUGCCAGUGCCCCUGGAGCGGUCAUUCGAGCCACGACGGGCGAGCUGCCAAUAGCCUCCCCGUAUGUGACGUGGACACCUCAUGGUGGCGUGAAUGGGACAAUCAUUGUCUCUGCCAGCAGCCAUCAAGGUGUUUUCACGAAUACCAAGUUGGCUGCCCCAGGUAGUACUUGGACAUACGUCGAAUCAAAGGCCGGCGCCUCUUAUUCUCGCGAAGUCCGGGUCCUCCCUCGAAAUGACCAAAUCUUACUCACUGGUGGCGGGCCGUAUGGCGGGACGAUGAACUCUGUAACUGCAUCUAUAUUGCAGCUCUGA